GGCGUUCUGUUUCGUCGAGACAAUGUGAAAGCAAGUGCACAAUGAUCAGCAGACAAAUGCAGGAGAGGUCAAAUUGGACUGCGUUUUGCAGUUUAGUGUGAGCUAUAUGUCAAUGGUUGACCGACCCUUAACUUCAAGGCCGCGAAAGAGAAGAUUUCCAGAUGAUUUGGUCGGUCAACCAUCAGAAGCUCCAAUACGAGAGGAUGAUCCCACCAUGUUUUCAGAUACCUCACGAUGGAGAUGGCAUCUGAGCUUUCCUUGAAAUGCUGGUAUUUUGAGCAGCUGUGAUGCAGUUUCGGUAGUGUGUCACUCACGGUUGGUUGAUUGCAUCCCCACCAGAAGUCAAACAAUGCUUGCUUAUCUGAUCGGCGAGACAUAAAGAUAACGCAAGCUAUGGCUUAUUCUAGUUCGACCAAGGAAGGGAGAGACUCGAGGAAGACGCGCAAAUCCAUUCUCAAGAAUUAGGUAGCAACUGAAGUGAUUUCGACGAAGAAUUCACCAAGCGAGUUUCGGUAGAAUUUUAUUCGAUCCCGGAAGACUACUUGGGUCUUGAGUUCUCCUUCUGGAGUUCAGUAUCUGCAACAAUUCUCAGCAAUGGCCGACAAGAAGAGCAACAGAGGAGAGCUGUUGUUGCCUCUUUUUGCUCUAUUCUUUGGCUCAUCUGUUGGGGCAAUUGAUACCAUCGGACCCAAAGACUUGUUGACAAGCAAUGAUACUCUCGUUUCCAGAGCGGGGGUCUUCGAGCUCGGCUUCUUCAAUGAUGUCGCUUCGGGCAUUUACUACCUGGGAAUUUGGUUCAGGGCUGAUCCGAGCAGAAGAGCCGUUUGGGUCAACAGGGAGAACCCCAUGAUUGAUUCAUCGUGUACUCUUCAAAUAAGGUACGAUGGUAACUUAGUACUGAUAGACCGGCGACAAACCCCAAUGAUAGUCAAUUCAGGAACAGUCACAACAAAUGCAAACACUUCUGCAACACUUACUGAUUCUGGGAAUUUGGUUCUUAAACAAGGUGGCGCUGUUAUCUGGCAAAGUUUCGAUUAUCCAACCGAUACGUACUUGCCUGGCAUGAAAAUCGGGCUAUUCAGUCUCAACACGGAUCAGUCCAGGAUACAAGUCCUUGUUUCGUGGGUGAGUCCACAAAAUCCAUCUCGAGGCUCAUUCACUUUAGGAGUCGACUAUAGCGGGUCAACUGAGCUUAGUGUUUGGCGUGAAGAUAAUGUACACAUGGAUAUCGGGUUCUGGGACAGAGAGAGAUUCAGAUUCAUCUUCGCAAACACAUCAGAUGGAUACAAUUUCAGCUAUGUUUCGAAUGAAAAUGAGACCUACUUCACUUUUAGUAGCAAAGGCACAUAUGCAUCCACAUGGUUCGUGAUGGCUUCGACGGGCCAACUCGAGGAGUAUAACAUGAUUGAUGCCAAUGGUAACAUUUCGUUUUCGUUGGUGACACAUCAGCUGUGCAGAGGUUCACAAGGGGGUAAUUCCAGUAACUGCUUGACUUCGAUUCCAUUCAUGUGCGAGGAGGGCAAUGACUUCUUGCAGGUCAAUGGCACAAUCCCAAAUUCAGCACUUGUUAGUACAAUGCACAUGGGGUUCAAUGAGUGCGAAGUCUUGUGUCAGGGUAAUUGUUCUUGCAAGGCAUUCGUGUUUCGCCAAGAUAAUCAGACCGUGUGCCAACAUUAUUACGGGAACAAGAAGGACUUAUUGAGGUCCAGAGAUGGAGGAAGCGGAACAUUCUACGUGCGAGGUGACACUUCUGCAGAAAAAGGUGGAAAAUGGAAGAAAUCGCGGUUGAUUGUCGCUGGUGCUCUGACUUCCUUAUCGGUCCUUACCUUGGUACUCUUGUCUUACCUGCAAUGGAUUCGGCACAAGAAGAAAGCAGGAGAUAAAGUGAGGAAUGGAGAAGAGACGAGACGGAGCUCAGAGACGACAUUACUCCGAAUCGGGGUUGAAGCACCUGCUAAAGAUCUUGCAAGAGCAAAGAAGGCAGAAAUAAGCCAGCAGAGAGACCGAGAAUUAGCUCUGUUCACAUUUUCCAGCAUAGAAGUUGCAACAGACUACUUUGCGCCAAGAAAUAAACUUGGCGAAGGCGGUUUUGGCCCUGUUUACAAGGGUCAACUUCCCGAGGGACUGGAAAUUGCGGUGAAGAGACUGUCGAAGAUGUCUCGGCAAGGGUUGGAGGAGUUCAAGAACAAGGUCACUCUAAUAUCUAAGCUGCAACACCGGAACCUCGUGAGGCUUUUGGGAUGCUGCAUCGAAGGAGAAGAGAGCAUUCUGAUUUACGAGUACAUGCCCAACAAAAGCUUGGAUUCGUUCAUUUUCGAUCCUGCUAAAAGAGUGCUUUUGGAUUGGAGGAAACGCGUCGGCAUAAUCGAAGGCAUUGCUCAAGGGAUCUUGUAUCUCCACAAGUACUCUAGGCUCCGAAUCAUCCACCGCGAUUUGAAGACCAGUAACAUAUUGCUGGACAGCAACAUGAACCCCAAGAUAUCCGAUUUCGGCAUGGCGAGAAUCUUUGGAGAGAAUGAAACUCGGGCGAAAACGAUUAGAGUUGUUGGGACAUGUGGAUACAUGUCCCCUGAAUAUGCAAUGGAUGGUCUAUUCUCGGAGAUGUCGGACGUGUUCGCAUUCGGGAUCAUUUUGCUGGAGAUAGUGAGCGGUGAGAAGAAUAUUGCCUUCUUCGAGUGCGAUCACUCUUUGAACUUGCCAGGAAAAGCUUGGAAUCUGUGGAAAGAAGGGAAGUGCACAGAAUUCGUGGACGGGACACUAGCCACUUCUUGCCCCGAAAAUUCAGUGGAACGGCUCGUUCAGUUGGGCCUAUUAUGCGUGCAAGAAAGGCCGACGUAUCGACCUACGAUGUCGGAUGUGGUCUCUAUGCUCAACAAUGAGACAAUUCCUCUGCAUCUUCCAAGGGAACCGGCAUUCUUAACCCGCAAGACGGAUUCGGCAUCGAGCUCAGGAAGGCACAGACAUUUUUCUGCAAGUGAGAUCACAGUUUCAGAGCUGUGUGCCAGGUAAAAGGUAAAGGCAAAGGAUUAUCCAUCAAGGACCCAAUAGCAUCUUAUGCCAUUGAGGCUAAUAUAUUAUGUUUCCAGCAAGAGUUGGCAAAGCCAGCCGGAGCUGUUACUGUUGCCUCAUGUAUGAGAUUGGUCUUACUGCAGAAGGAAGAAAAGGGCAGGUUACAUAUGGAUUUGUACAUAAUUUGAUAGGGAUAAAAAUUUGAAUAUCUCAUUAGACAAUACAUUUUUUCAGUAAUUGGAAUAAAUUGACGCAUUUCUUGUUUUC